UUUCCCAAGCGAGUGCAUCUUAAAUAGAAGAGCCCUCCUACUAGUAUACCCCUAAUUACAACAGCUACAGCUACCACUACCACAUUCACUUCAAGUGCCUCCUUCAAAGUACCGGUUCAUUUUAUCACCGUACAAAUUUUAAAGGACCCAUUCACACAGGAAACGCAAAUAACGAAAAAAAAAAAAGAAUUGUCAGAUUAAUUUUUUUUUUUUUUUAAUUAUUAUUAGUAAUUUUCUUGACUGCACCACGCACCUCCCAUAAUUUAUUGUGAAACGUUGCUCCUGCAGACACGCCACACGUUGCAAAAAUAGCGAAAAAGUACUUAAGGUUUGCCAUUUGGACUUUAAGACUGCAAAUUCAAAUUUUUUGCAUCACAUUUGUCACACAACUAAACAGUGCACUUUAUUAUUAAACAUGUCUGACUUUGCCUUCAACAACUACUGUAUCACAUGCGACCAGUUGUGUCUGCAAUCUGCAGUUUACUGUUCGGAUUCGUGUAAACAUAUUGAUGAAGCCCAGGCCUCUUCAUUGAGCGCCACACUGGAGCAUCUUCCAGGCUUGAUGUCUCCACUUUUGACACCAUCUGCCUACCAACACAUCACUGACUAUACCCACACCCACCCACACCAACAACCCCAAUAUCUUGCAGAUUCGCCACUUAUGCUUCUGAAGCACAAUUCUGCUAUCGAUUUAGAGUACCACACAUUUGAUCUCAACACGACUUCUCUGGAUAAUUCGGUAGCACCAUCCACUUCCAACAACUACAGGAAAUGGCUUACAGCAUGCUUAUAGGAAUAUGAGUUUACAAAUUUUACGGUUUUAUGGUUUAUGGUUAUAGGUUUAUAGAUAUGGGUUUAGCAUUAAUAAAAAAAAAAAAAUAGGAUUAAUACA